ACUCAAAUACUUGCUCUCAUUAGUCAUCUUCUUCUUAUUGUUUUUUUUUUUUUUCCAUUCAAUUUUUGAAGUUUAUAAAUAAGAUUUGUCGGUGUCACGAAGCCUAACUUCUAUACAUUCAAUUCAAUGCUGGAUGCUUGGUUUCUACACUCCACUAGCAAGCACCACUUUCCUUACACAGGAAUUUAGUUUCGCAAAUCUCCAGAUCUCGUCGUCGAUCACCGUCAAAUCGCUCUCUUCUUCGAAUGCCACUGCCGCCACCACCGCCGCAGUUCCUCUGAUUCGAAAUGCAUUUCUUCAGUCCAGUAACUCCCGGCCAGGUCUCGUUCUUGCUCGGAAUCGUUCCAGUCAUUGUAGCGUGGAUUUCUUCCGAGAUUUUGGAGUAUCGCAAAAACUCCGUCCCCUCCAAACUUAGGCUCUCGGACAUCAGCUUAGUUGAAGUGCGCAGUGAUGUCGUUAAAGAUGAAGACAAAGAAGUUUUAUUGGAGGGAGGAGCUCAACAGCCAGCUUCCCCAAAACCUCGAGGCUUAACUGCCUCAUCACCAAUUUUCCGAUUCCUUUUGAUGGAUGAAUGUUUCCUUAUUGAAAACCGUUUGACGCUUAGAGCAAUGUCUGAAUUUGGUCUCCUUUUAGCUUACUUUUAUUUGUGCGACCGCACUGAUUUCUUUGGCUCAUCCAAGAAGAGUUACAAUAGAGAUCUCUUCCUAUUUCUCUAUUUUCUCCUCAUCAUAGUUUCAGCUGUGACUUCCUUUAAGAUACAUAAUGACAAGUCACCAUUUUCUGGGAAAUCCAUACUUUACUUAAAUCGGCAUCAGACUGAAGAAUGGAAAGGCUGGAUGCAGGUUUUGUUUUUGAUGUACCAUUACUUUGCUGCAUCUGAAUUCUACAAUGCAAUUCGUUUGUUCAUUGCUGCAUAUGUCUGGAUGACUGGAUUUGGGAACUUCUCAUAUUAUUAUAUUCGCAAAGAUUUUAGUCUAGUAAGAUUUGCUCAGAUGAUGUGGCGGCUUAAUUUCUUGGUAUUGUUCUGUUGUCUUGUACUUAACAACAGUUACAUGUUAUACUACAUCUGCCCCAUGCACACUCUUUUCACUCUUAUGGUUUAUGGGGCACUUGGAAUUCUCAACAAGUACAAUGAGAUUGGCUCAGUCAUUGCUGUAAAAUUCAUUGCUUGCUUCUUGGUUGUUGUCAUACUAUGGGAGAUACCUGGAGUCUUUGAAUGGGUUUGGAGUCCAUUUACAUUCAUGCUCGGUUAUACAGAUCCUUCCAAAUUGCAACUUCCCCGCUUGCAUGAAUGGCAUUUUCGCUCAGGGCUUGAUCGCUACAUAUGGAUAAUAGGAAUGAUUUAUGCUUAUUAUCAUCCAACUGUUGAGCGAUGGAUGGAGAAGUUGGAGGAAGCAGAAAUCAAGCGCAGAAUAUCAAUAAAAGCUACUGUUGUGCUGAUAUGCUCUGUGGUGGGUUAUUUAUGGUUUGAGUAUAUAUACAAGCUCGACAAGCUCACAUACAAUAAAUACCAUCCUUAUACCUCAUGGAUUCCCAUAACGGUUUACAUAUGUUUGCGAAAUGUUACACAAAGUCUUCGUAGCUAUUCAUUGACCCUUUUUGCAUGGCUUGGGAAGGUUACACUGGAGACCUACAUCUCCCAGAUCCAUAUCUGGUUAAGGUCAGCUGUUCCAGAUGCUCAACCCAAAUUGUUGCUUUCCCUGAUCCCAGACUACCCGAUGUUGAACUUCAUGCUUACUACUUCCAUAUAUCUUGCAAUUUCCUAUAGGCUCUUCGACCUGACCAAUACACUGAAAGUGGCAUUUGUGCCCAGCAAAGAUAACAAGCGUCUUACAUCCAACUUUAUUACAGCAACAACACUCUCAGUUGUUUUAUAUUCUCUGUCCUUUGUCUUCCUUAGGAUACCUCAAAUGUGGGUUUGAGAAUUUAGACAUGUAUAGUAUAUGAUGCUGCAAGCUUCUAUGCCAGUUUCCAAUGCACACAGAAGAAACUGCAACUGCUACAAUUGGUUUAUUGGCAAGCCAAAACUUUACCGAAAGACGCGAAGUCUUAUCUACAGAAGGAAGAGUGAUCAUUCUAAUAGGCUAGUGGCUCCAAUAUUUGAGAGUUGAAAGUUGUAUAGAUAAGAGAGUGGCGGAUGGCAUGCCUAGUUUUAAUCAUGCAACCUCAUUCUUUUUGUCAGUGUUGUAAAAUAAUAAUGCUUGUAAUCCCAUAGGACUUUAUGUCAAAUAGUGCGUGCCAUUUUUAACUUAUGUAUCUUGACCAAACUCAAUUUUGUGAGAAGUAACCAUAUAACUGUUUCUAGAUUUUUUUUAAAAAUGAUUACUUUUAUAUUCCAAAA